AUGCUUCAUCUAGAAAUCGAAGUAUAAUCUUUGCAGUUCUUAAUAUAAAAAUAUUCAGAAUAAUGCAAAAUAAUCGUUCUUGAUGGUAAAUUACAAAUAUUAUAUUUAGAAAAUGAAUCUAAAAUUUUGAUGUCUAAAAUAUUGAGUCAAUGUGCUAAUGUUUAAGAUAUUAAUGAAGUUGUUGAAUUUGAUUUUUAUUAUACGGAAAACCGAUAUGUAAAUUCAAUAAAUCUAAUUUAGUUAAAAAUAAUGGUCCAAGAUUGCAAAAUAUGCUAUGGAGAAGCAAUACUGAAUUUAGGUUUUUAUAUUGAAAAUAAUUUACCAUUGGUUAUUGAUAAAAUUCCUAUUCAUAAUAGAUACGAUUAAGACGCUUAUAUUUAAGUGGGAUUGGCAUGGAACUAAGUAAAUUAAAGUGAAAACAAAAGACUUGGAAACUAUCAGAGGUAAUCAAUAUUUAAGAAAUUUAGUAAAAUGAAUACAGAAAUACAAAAAAGCGAUGACUGGUUCAGGCAAAAGAGGGAAUGCCAACAUUCCCCGUUAGAAUAAAGAGGCGAAAACUCAAAUCAUCACAGAGAAGACACUUUAAAAAAAUAUUAAGAAUAGCCAAGCAAUUUUGAAAAUCAUUCUAAGUACUCUGAAAUCGAUAAACUAAUUGAGACUGAUGGCAAUGCCAGACGAGUAUAAACCGUAAGAGUUUAGAAAGUUUGUUUGUCAUAGUAAAAAUCUAAGGAAGAAAAAUCUGAUUAGGAUUAUCCUACAGCUUUGAGAGAGAAUAAAUUUGUGGUGCCAGGCAAGAAUAAGACUAAAAAUGUAUAGAAUCAUGAAGAAAUUUUGAGAGGAUCAACAAAACCUAAGGCUAAUCCUAAAAAAAUAGAAUAAUUUGAUAAUUUCAAUUCAAGACCGACUUAGAAUGAGCAAACUUUAUUGACAUCUUGCAGGUAAUUGGAGAUUGGAGAAUAGGAGGAUAAUUUCUUAUAAAUUUAGAAUUAGGUUUUGAAACAUUAGAAUAAAUUAAUGAAGCAAUAGAAUGAAAAGUUGUAGGAAUAGAUUAAAAAGUCAGAAUCUGCUUUUAAUUUAUUAUCAGAAACAUAUACUGCUCUUCAAUCAGAUUACAAAAGAAUUCAGAUUCAAAAUUUAAAUAGUAAUUUUAAUAACUCAUUUAUUAAUGAAUUAAAUAAUUUAGCUGAUAAAAAUACUAAGGAAUUUUAAUAGAUUAAAAAGGAGUCUGAAAUACUCAAAAAAGAAAUUGAGAUUCUCUUAAGAGAAAAUGAUAUUUUAAAAGAGGAAAAGGAUUAAUAAAAAAAAAAAUAUACUCAUGAAAUAUCUAAAUUGAAUGAAGAAUUAACUAAAAGUAAAAAUACAACUCUUGAAUUAUAAAAUGAAAAAAUUUAACUUUAAAACUAUAUUUAAUCUCAAAAGGAUUCAUAAAUAAAUCAAUAAUGUUAUAUUUGUCUUCAAAAGGAUGAAUUUAAACCAAACAAAGAUAAACUAUAGUAUAAAUCAAGUAUCUGUGCGGAGACUAUCCAGCAAACUAAUGAUGAGAAAGCAAGGACAAGGAAUUCUAAAUUAUAGAUUGAUAAUCUGUUAAAGAAUGAAGGAAAGUAGAAGUAAUAUAAAAUUAACUUUUAGAUUAAACUAAUUGUCGGAAUCAGAAUUACAAAGGUUGGUCUAGGAAUAUUCGAGUGAAUUAUAAAUUACCUUAAAGGAGAAUCAAUAAUUAAGUAUAGAUUUAAUUUAAUCAUAAGUACUGAAUUCCAAGAAAGACUAAAUUAGACUGGAGAGCUAUCAAAAAGAGUUAGAAAUAACCAAAGUAAUAAUCCUUAAUAAUGUAAUAGAGGAUUGUUAAAUUGAGUGAUCAAAGAUGUAGUUCAUUAGAGCAUUAAAUCAUAUAAUUGGAGAAGGCUGUUCUAAAUGGCAAAUAGAAUAUUGCUGAUAUGAUAAAUGCAGUGAUGGAAUGCGGAGGAUAAAAACUUUAGGAUCAAAUGGAAAGAUGUUUGGCAUUUAGAAGAAGUUUAAAAAUAGAUUGAAUUUUACACUAAAAAUC